UCAACAUUCAUUCAUCGUGUUACUAUCCGAGUUAAAGCAAUAUUUUUUCGUCUUAACCAUUUCAAUUUCAAAACAUAUUUAAUUAUGUCGAAGUUGGACGGUUGACUUUCCAAUAAAUUUACCUAGAACAUUGCAUUUCAUAAUAAAGUUUAUUAAUCAGGUAAUAGCAACAAUAAGUAAAACUGAAAAUAAAUGUACCAUUAGUAAUAGCAUCAUACUGAUAGUGACGUAAUAAAACAAAUAUUUAAGUUUUUAAAUUUAAUGAAAGUUAGACUAUAGUUAGUUAAGCCUAAAGAAAAUAAUCCUUAGGCCUGAUACUAACACUAACUGUGAGUAACGUUUAAGUCAGUCAAAUUUCAAAGUGCUUUUAUCCGAUAUUUUAUUUACAUCUUAUACAUUUUUAAGUUACUUUAAUUGUGAAAAAUAUCGAUUACAUACAUUAAUGUUAAAUUGGCGUAUUUUAUAAAUCAAGUAUUGGUUGUGAUAAAAGAAAAUAUGUCGCCAAAAAUGUUAGUAUUAUUACAUUGACACUAACAGAUUAACUCUAGUAACAAUAACAUGGUGAUUAGGCCUAAUUCAUAAUAUGAAAAUUGAAAAUAGGCUUCGUCCGAAGUGAACUGAAGAACGAUAGGAAAAAGGUUUUUUGUAGACUAAGAUUUACUGCUUAACCAAUACUUUCGUUUGAAAGGUCUUGCAGUUAGUGCCUGAAAUGUCGUCUACAGAUACACAAACUACAAACAGAACAUGGGAAUUAAGUCUAUAUGAACUUAACAGAACACCUCAAGAGGUUAUUACAGACAACACAGAAAUUGCUGUCUCACCAAGAAGCUUGCAUAGUGAACUGAUGUGUCCAAUAUGUCUUGAUAUGUUGAAAAAUACUAUGACUACAAAAGAAUGUCUUCACCGGUUUUGUCAAGAAUGUAUCAUCACAGCUCUGCGGAGCGGUAACAAAGAAUGCCCAACCUGUCGAAAGAAACUGGUGUCUAAACGUUCUUUACGACCUGAUCCAAAUUUUGACAUGUUAAUUUCAAAAAUCUAUCCAAGCAGAGAUGAAUAUGAAGCUCAUCAAGAGCGCGUCUUAGCCAAAUUGAGUAAAACGGCUCUUGCCCAUAGUAUUGAAGAAGGAAUGAGAAUUCAACAAAUGAACAGGGGACAGCGAGUGCGAAAGAGUGUUCCAGAUGAAAAUGCUAGUAUGCCAACUUCUGCUGCGGGUACGCCAACAGGUAAUUUAAGUGCUAGACAAACACCAACUCCUGGAAGUUCAAGUGAUGCUGCAAAUGGAAAUCCUCGAAAAAAACCACGUCCUCAGUCGAAAAUGGAAAAUGAUUCCGGUGGAUCAGAAGUGGAACAGGAAACAGAGAGCUAUGAAGCACAGCCACCGGAACAGGAUGAAACUGCAGAAACUGGUCAAGAUGUUGACUGCGAGACUACGUCCGAAUGUUCUCCGAAUGAAAUUGAACUUGUUUUUAAACCACAUCCAAAUGAGGUGGAAGAGAUUGAACCAAACCUGACCCAAGUGCGUUACAUCAAAACCACGGCCAAUGCCACAGUUGACCACCUGUGUAAGUACCUUGCCCUGAGGUUUGCUCUGGACAAACAUUCUGAUGAGUAUGGAAUGCAGUCUCCUCCUGAGAGUUCUCCGGUUAUUAUAUACAUGGCUGUGACACAAGGUCAGUUUCACCCUCUGAAUGGAAAUAUGAGCCUAGACCAAGUGAACGACAAGUACUGGAAAAUCAACAAGCCACUGGAGAUGUAUUAUGCUUUUAGAAAAACAUGACAACGUUUCUAUAUCACUUUGUAUAGAAUUUGGUGUUCUUACCAUGUAUGUGAAAUUUCAUCAUUACGUUUGUUAGAUCCAGUUAUUAAAUGUUCUCCGUGUAUUGGAAAUGUUUGGGUAAGAAAACUACGUGUACAUAGUGCAUGAAUAGUGGCCAAUUUUCCUUAUUGUGAAAUUAAGUGUACCAGUAAUUUUUUAACUGCAAAUUAAUCAUAAACAGGCACACAUAAUUAUGGAUAAGUACGUGUACUUUAUUUAAAGAGCUGAUUAUACAAGUCUGGUGAAAAAUAUAUAUAGAUGAUGAGAGACAAGUAAAUCCUUUAAUUCUUUACUUUCAUCUAGCAUUGACGUCAAGUGAUUGAAAAUGUCUUGUAAGGUGUAUAGUAUUAGUGUCAUGGAAUAAUGUGUGGUCUAGUUGAAAGUUUAUCAUGGACAGUCAAGGAAUACAUUACUUCUAAUUUCUGUCUUUAGUACAAUUUUCAUGUACAUUUUGGUGAAUUUUUUUUUAAAUCUAAAGACAUGAUGUGAAGUUUUAUAUAAAUACAUGUGUCUGAACUUAUAGUGAAAAACCAUGUACACUUUUGCUGAAACAAUAAAAAAAAAAAAAAUGUUGGAAAUAUUUCUCUUUCAAGUCAAUUGUGUGAAUACUCGAGUAAAACCAUAUGAUCGUCCUCAAAUAGACCAGUAUUGUUAUAGGUAGCUAAAGCCUUACAAUCCAGCAUUGUUCAAGUAAGUAUAGGAAUCUCCAGUUACAGCCCAGUAUUGUUCAGCUUAGCAAAAUGAUGAUAAGUUACUGACUAGCGUUCUUUAAGGACCUUAAAAUUAACCAGUGUACAGCCUAGCA